GGACAUAUGUUAAGUGCUUGUGUGUGUGUCUGUGUGAGUCCGUGUAUAAAUACCUAAGGAGCUUUGAGUGCUGGGGGGUUCAAGAACACACAAAACAAGGCCACUCCAGAAGAGCCACAUUGCGGGAAGAAGAAAGGGUUUGGAGUUUGCAUUUCACAGAGAAAACAGACAGGGAGAAAGAGAGAGAGCAGAGCAGAGAUCGAUCCUCCUCUGGAAGGAUCAAUCAGUUUGGGGUUGGGAGUUGUGUUUUUAUUAUUUUCGAGUGUUUGGGGGGCGGGGGGGAGUUUGUUUUUUGCUUUUUGUUUAUGAAAUGGGUUAUGUUGGGGCUCUGAGGCUGUUCUGCUCUUUACUCCCUUGGCUGUUCAUUCUCCUCUCCUCUCCCUCUCCCUCUCAAGGGAAGCCUGGCUACGGCUCGGAGUACCGAUACCCCUUCAUCAAGCGGGCGAGCACCUUCUCGUCAUCGUCAUCUUCCUUCUCUACCAGCAGAGCUGACCGGGCCUUCGACUACAUCAUCAUCGGCGGUGGCACGGCAGGCUGUCCGUUGGCUGCCACCCUUUCCCAGAAGUUCAGCGUCCUUUUGCUGGAGAGGGGCGGCGUCCCAUUCUCGAACGCAAACGUCUCCUUCCUCCAGAACUUCCACCUCACCCUCGCCGAUAUCUCAGAGACCUCUGCCUCCCAGUUCUUCAGCUCCACUGAUGGCGUCCUCAACUCCCGGGCCCGUGUCCUGGGUGGUGGGACCAGCAUUAAUGCCGGCUUCUAUACACGCGCCAGCAGGAGGUUCAUUAGAAAGGUAGGUUGGGACGAGAAACUGGUGAAUGAGUCCUACCCGUGGAUUGAGAAGCAAAUAGUUCAUUGGCCGGAUUUUGGACCAUGGCAGAGAGCAUUUAGGGACAGCUUAUUAGAUGUUGGCAUUUCACCAUUUAAUGGAUUUACAUACGAUCACAUGUACGGAACCAAAGUAGGUGGGACAAUAUUUGAUCGGUUUGGUCGGAGACACACUGCUGCUGAACUACUCGCUUCGGCAAAUCCCCAAAAACUGAGUGUCUUGAUCUAUGCGACGGUACAGAAGAUUGUUUUUGACACGUCAGGCAAACGACCAAAAGCAGUCGGAGUCAUCUUCAAGGACGAGGACAGGAACCAACACCAGGCGUUUCUUGCAAAUAGUCCUAAAAGCGAAGUCAUCUUGUCAAGCGGUGCAAUUGGGAGCCCUCAGAUGCUUUUACUAAGUGGAAUCGGGCCAAAGGCCGAGCUAGAGAAAUUGAACAUCUCAGCGGUUCUUGAUAACAAGUAUGUAGGCAGAGGCAUGUCGGAUAAUCCAAUGAAUACAAUCUUUGUCCCGACCAAGAAGCCCGUCAAGCAGUCCCUCAUACAGACAGUCGGGAUAACCAAGCGUGGGGUAUAUAUUGAGUCCAGCUGUGGGUUUGGGCAAUCAAAGGAUAGUAUUCACUGCCACCACGGAAUUAUGUCUGCUGAGAUGGGGCAGCUGUCGACGACUCCCCCGAAGCAGAGGUCCAGAGAGGUUAUCGCCAAUUAUGUGACAAACAAGCACAACCUUCCAAAGGAGGUGUUUAGAGGAGGCUUCAUCCUUGAGAAGCUUGCAAACCCCUUCUCCAUGGGUGAUCUUAAGCUGGUAAAUACCAACCCCGAUGACAAUCCCUCAGUCACCUUCAACUACUUUAGCCACCCGGAGGACCUAAAGCGAUGCGUGGAUGGGGUUCGCAUGGCCACAAGGAUAGCACAGUCAAAGUACUUCACGGACUUCACUGGGUUCAGCCGGCAGACCAAGGAGAAGCUCCUCAACAUAACCGUUAAGGCCAAUGUCAACCUUAUACCAAAGAAUCCCAACGAUACUAAGUCCCUAGAGCAGUUCUGCAGGGACACAGUGAUCACGAUCUGGCACUACCAUGGAGGGUGCCACGUCGGAAAGGUUGUGAACUCAUCGAAUAAGGUGAUUGGGGUCGACAGGCUCCGCGUUGUCGAUGGAUCGACAUUCAGGGAGUCCCCGGGGACUAAUCCGCAGGCCACUGUCAUGAUGAUGGGCAGGUAUAUGGGAUCAAAGAUUUUGAGGGAGAGACUAGGAGCAGGGGCUUGAGUAUGAGGACCGGUAAAAGAAGAAGAGUGCAUAAAGAAGUAGUACGUAAUACUAGUAUGUAUCAUGUCAGGGGUGAUAUUGAACAACCGGAUGUAAAGUAACCCUUCUCCCUCAUUUUUUUUCUUUUAAUUAAUUCUUAGCAAAGCCAUGGUAUGUGGAGAGGGGAAAAAGGCCUUCUAACGAAAGUCAACGGGCCUAUAAACCAGGGUGUUGCGCGAGAUUGAUAUUUAGUUUUUUCUUAAAAAAUUUCUUAUUUGAUAAUUUUUUAAAAUGUUAUCAACCAUUGCCCAUGUAUGGUAAUCUUAUGUUUCGAUCUGA